CUCCGCGUCACUGUUAAUCGUGUGUUUCACAGUUUACGCGGUGUGGCGGCUGCGGGAGAAGGUUUCUGACCGGACUCUGCAGUUUUUCAUGGACCGGGGUCACAUAAAGCGGAGGGACGCUGCUGAGGUGAGGUGGUCUCACGCGGUGAACAGCAGGGGUCACCUGACCGAGGCUCUGGCAGGUGAGACGCACAUGAUGGAGGCUGACGUCAUCAUCAGAGGUCAUGACCCCAGGGAGCCCGUCAUGGCUCACCCUCCGGACACGGACAGUGACGUCACGCUGCGGGAGUGGCUCGAGGAGGUGAAGGAGCGCGAGAAGGGGAUCAAACUGGACUUCAAGAGCCUGGAGGCGGUGUCUCAGUCUGUCCUCCUGCUGCAGGAGGUCCUGGACCACAACAGCUGUCCUCUGUGGAUCAACGCAGACAUCCUUACUGGUCCUGGGGGACAGGACAGACCUCUUGACCCUCAGUCUUUCCUCUCAGCUGUGAGGACUCUCCCCCCGCACACUGUGCUGUCUCUGGGGUGGACUACAGGGUCCACAGCGGGGACAGAUAACCCCGGGUACAGCUGGGACAUGGUGCACCUCAUGGAGGACAUCUGCAGAGACCUGAAACAUGCAGUCACCUUCCCAGUGCAGGCAGCCCUCCUGUCCCAGUCCCUGUCCCAGCUCAGGUGGCUGCUGCAGCAGUCAGACAGGUACUCUCUGACAGUGUGGACGGGACAGAAGGACGAGUACUCACUGCAGGACUUACUGUCCUACAGGACAGAGUUUGACGUCAGUAGGAUCUACUACGACCUGCCGGAGUCUCAGAGGACAGAGAUCAGUCUGACAACGCAGCAAAACACCCGGAAGUCUUGUUUAUUAUUUAUCUGUCUCUAGUUUCUGCUGUGGGACAGAGAUUCUCAAUUUAUGCCCCCGAGGGUCCUGAAAUCUGAUAAAAACUCUAAAAUCCUGGAAAUGUCCUACAAACAUGCUCCAUCCACAAAUCAUUUUCAAAAAUCACAUCAUUUUCAUGUUU